CAAUAGCCGUUGCCAACCUCAUUGCUUGUUCUGCUCACAAUGCUUCAUUUGCUCCCACUGUAACAAACACACAGAUUAACUACCUUGGGUUAGUUAUAAAUAUUUUGUAUUAUGUUCGACUCACCAACCGGAUAUGAGUUAUGUCAAUGUUCAACAUCCUGUCCACGUGUCCGGGAAAAACGAGUGGAGAGUUUAUUUUAAUUUGUGAAAUAAGCAAUGGAGGCUGAGGACCUUUACAUCAAACCAGGUAACCAGGAGCGGGGCUGGAAUGACCCUCCACAGUUUUCCUACGGUUUGCAGACCGCAGCAGAAGGUGCACCCAAGAGGACCCCUCUCAACAAGAGAGUGCCCCCACCUCAACUCACUGGAUCCUCCAGUCCGGUCCCAGGAACUUCUCCAAUCUCAUCAGUUCCAAUGACUCCUCCUACCAACCCACUGGCCCCUCCUCCAUGUAGUAUGAACACGCCCCCUCGGCCAUGUCAGGUUGCAGCCCCUCCUGUUGGUGGGGUGAUGAUUGCCACACCUCCACCACCUUGCCAUGUGGUAGAGCACACAGAGUCUGCCAGUGGCCAAUCAGAAAGUGAGCCAGAUGUCAACGACGUAGUUACUCUUCUCAACUGGGCACUGACAGCUUGUCGACACACAGUCAAAAAACAGGUGUGUGAUGAUGUGGCGAAGCGCUUGAAGCUCUUUGAGGACAUGUGGCGGUCUGGGAAGUUGUCACUUCCUGUUAGACGAAGAAUGAAUGGACUGGUGCAAGAGUUGAAGAGCUGGAACUGGGACGCUGCUGAUGAAGUCCAUCGGGCUCUGAUGGUGGACCAUGUUAACGAGGUCAGUCAGUGGAUGGUGGGGGUCAAACGUCUCAUCGCUGAAACGCGCAACUUGAACUCAGAUCUUCUGCACAGACAGGAGGUAGACCAGAGUCUAGACACCAGCAGCACCGCUAACUCCAACUAGAUCAAUAAUUACACUUUUGGAACUUUUGUUAUUAGGUUGUGGCAUCCUGAGUACUCUCGGUUGUCCUUGUGAAAGCUGUUUAAAUUCUUAAUUUUUAGGCUAACUCUGUCUUUUGAAUUUGCAAAUAUUUUAACAUGGGUUUCCUUGUGCAUAUAUUUUUUGAAAUAUAUAUUUUUUAACAAUCUAUGAGUUGCAUUUAAUCGCAGUGUCAAUUGCUAUUACCGAGAUCCACCAAUUCAGACAAUACAAAAGAUAUCUUUUAUCAGUUUUUUUUUAUGCCGACAUUGUUUACAUUUACAUUACAUUUACAUUUAAGUCAUUUAGCAGACGCUCUUAUCCAGAGCGACUUACAAAUUGACGUUUGAUAGUCUUUCCUUGUCGUGUCUUGUUUGAUUUAAGGUGCUUAUAUCAAAGAUGGCAGUAAUACCAUAUUUAUCUUGGCCAUUCUCUGGUGUUGUCUCCCUUGGACAGCCUUGUAAGAAGUAUUUUGCUGAAGCUAGGAUUAAGAUCACUUUAUUCAUCCAAUUGUACACGGUACUAUGUAUUAUUCCUGAUGCAUGAGAAAGCUUAACGCUUGACAGUUUUCAAUGACCUAUCAUCCCCCCUGUGUGCUGUACAUAAUCAUAAGAGCAAUAACAAUGUGGAAGCCAAUCAUCUGCUUAUGUUGGCAGUGGCAUUGCACUUUAAGAUGGACCAUACAUGAGAAGACAAAAUAAAUCCGAUUUUUAUGGUGAAA